GCCGAGUCUACUACCUUCAUUCCAUGCAUCGAAUUCAUUCCAUGCAUCGGAGGGUCAGUGUGCAUUUGUGUUCUCUUUAUUCUGACUUUACCCAAUACCGGCUAGCUUUCUGGGAUUAUAGAAAUUAACCUGGCAAUUUUUUAGGAUUUGAUUUCUCUAUGAGCCAUUUGACUGCGACAGCGGACAAUCGCAGCCGCACUGGAGAAAUAAGAUACUUGCGUACAUCUUUUACAACUUCCUUUCGGACAACGGGGAGAAACCCCGUUAUGAUUUUUAUUGGCAACCACGCCAGACCAGAUCUCAUCCAGACCGUGACGAAACAUUACAGUAGCGACUCGGCUCGUAGGUGGAAACGACUCCUAAAGGAACCACGAUGGGGGAUUGCCGACUGUCUAUAUCUUUUCGCGGACUGGACGUCAAUUCUCGAUACUCUGCGAGACAAACUCCGUGAGGCGGAAUUGCGUAGUUCCGGAAAUCGUCUACCCGUCGCUGUGAGAACACGCCUUUUGCACCAACAGACAGCCACCGUGGUUGAGGUGAGGGAAAGCCUCCGUUUUUACCAGGCCGUUAUAGUGCACACUAGAGACAAACAAAAUGGACGCAUUGGGGAAGACUUGAGCGACCAGUUGCGCCAAAUGAAGAGACAGCUCGACCAUAAUAUGAUCACGCUGGAUACACUCAAAGAUCAGCUAUCCAAUUUAAUUAACUUGGAAUUCAAUUUGACCACCGUGGCCCAGAGCCGGUCGGUCGCUGGGCUGACUGUAUUAGCCUUGAUCUAUAUCCCGUUAUCAUAUGUCGCAAGCUUUUUUGCUAUACCUGACUUGAAUGCCAAUCCAAAACUGUAUCCGGCAGCAGCACUUCCUCUUCUGGUACUCACCCUCGCUGCCGCCUGGGUCACAAACCGUGUGAUGCAGCGAGAGGCAGGACAAACUAUACCUAUGCACGGCAGAUGUCCAAGGCUCAUGGCUGGGGCUAUCCGUCUCUCCAGCCAACUGAGACAAAGUCGUAAGUUCCCUGAUAUUGAAGGAGGGACCUUGCCAGCUCCAGCUCCAGCUCCAGCUCCAGCUCCUUUAUCCCCUUCUCAAUCCCCACCAGCGGAAGGCAAGAGAAAAGAAGAACAUGAGUCCAAAUCAGGAUACACAUCUCCAGUUCCAAGCCUUGCUCUAUUCUCUUUCCCUCCAUCGAUCGCCGUACUAAGCGAGGAAGGGAAGAAGAAGGUCGCGCCUGCCCAAAGGAUGUAUAUUGGAUGUUUAUCUGACAUGGAAUUCCGGAGGUCGUCGGGGUGUUACUACUAUUCAAACCUCUUUUGCUACGUGUAAUUCACAAUGAAGAUAAAGAAGUUUUUUUCUACUCAAACUGGCCGG